CUCCCUCGCAAAAUGCUCUCUCCCGGCCUCAAGUUGCUACUUGUCAAAUCUCCAAAGCUGCUUGCCCAUCUAUUAACCAUCGCUCUACUUUAUUAUGGGUCUUCGAAAUACUUCGGCUUUAUCCUUCGCUGGCCUCUAUUUUUGAAGCUUCUCGGUGGGCUCGGAUUGGUCCCCAUCACCGCGUUGGUGCAGGUGACAUGGACGCAGCUACGGAACAAAUGGGCAGCAAGGAGGAUGGGCGCAAUUCUUCCGCCUCUUGUCAAGAGUUACCUGCCUGGCAGUGUGGACACUCUACGUUAUGUGUUCGAGCACGAGAGGAGUGGGUAUCUAGGUGAUGACGCCUUGGUUCAUAUUAAAGACCUCGGUCGAACAUUUAAUUGGAGACUCUUUUGGAUGGAUAAGAUUAUCACGACAGAACCGGAACAUGUCAAGGCUGUUUUAGCUACGGAAUUUGAAAACUAUGAGAAAGGUGAUGUAUUCAAAGACCAUAUGCGAAGUGUUCUCGGGGACGGUGUCUUCAAUGCGGAUGGAGACAUGUGGAGGUUCCAUCGGUCAAUGACCCGACCAUUUUUUUCGAAGGAUCGUAUCUCACACUUUGAAAUCUUCGGAAGACACGCAGAUGAGGCUAUAGGUCUACUAAAAGCUCGCGUGCGUGAGGGCCAGGCAGUCGAUUUUCAAGAUUUGGUUGGACGUUUUACAUUGGACAGCGCAACAGAGUUCCUCUUUGGACACUGCGUGCAUGUUCUCCACGCUGGUUUACCUUACUCGCCCAACCUCGCCUCAUCUCGGGCGGAGAGGGACAAACCUCGCGACACAGCUACAGUCUUUGCACAGGCGUUCGCAGAGGCUCAGCUAGCUAUCUCGAUGCGCUCUCGCCUAGGUCCUAUGUGGCCAUUAUUUGAAUUUUGGAAGGACGCGACUCAAGAUUCCAUGAAAAUCGUCGAUGCAUUUAUUGAGCCAAUCUUGCAGGAUGCAGUCGCGAAACGAAAAGGGCCUGUCCUGAAUUUUAAUAGCAAGAAGGAAAUCGAGGAAGGAGAGACUUUAUUAGACCAUUUGAUUAAUUUCACGAAUGAUACGAAGAUCCUGAAGGAUGAAACUCUCAAUAUCAUGAUUGCUGGUCGAGAUACUACUGCGGCAACGUUAACAUUUGCGAUGUAUUGCCUCGCUAUGUAUCCGAGCGUGAUGAGGAGAUUGCGAGAGGAAAUACUAUCGGUCGUCGGAAAGGAGCGAAACCCGUCUUAUGAUGACCUGAAGGGAAUGAAAUACUUGAGAGCAUUUAUAAAUGAGGUGUUGAGAUUAUAUCCGCCUGUUCCGUUUGACGUUCGCCAGUCAAUAAAAGCUACUACUUUGUCUAAUAAGACACCUGGCGCAAGACCCUGGUACGUCCCUGCGCACACCAGUGUCAUAUACUCAGUCUUCCUCAUGCAUCGUCGGGAAGACCUGUGGGGACCUGACGCAAACGAGUUUGACCCCGACCGGUUUCUCGAUUACCGUCUACACAAAUAUCUCACGCCCAACCCAUUCAUCUUCCUCCCCUUCAACGCCGGUCCGCGAAUCUGCCUCGGCCAGCAAUUCGCAUACAAUGAAGCAAGCUUUAUGCUAGUCCGUCUCUUACAAGCUUUCGAUGGUGUAUCUCUUGCAGAGGAUGCACAACCCGAAGAUACGCUCCCACCGAAGGAGUGGAAGGAGGCUGUUGGAGAAAGGAAGAGUGUGGAGAAGGUAUGGCCGAAGAGUCAUUUGACGAUUUACGUGAAGGGUGGACUAUGGGUCCGACUCCAAGAAGCACCUGCAAACGAAUCAGUUUGAUGGGUCUGCGACAACAAUUCUUCCCUUCGUGGAAGCACUCUCGCCUGACCUCGUGACCCAGAUAUUGCCCCACCUAUGCCCGUUCAAUAUAUCCAAGAAGAAACACAAAUACUGUUAAUGUUGUAAUGUUAUUUAUUCCUGUACGUGGUAUGAUGCACACCCGUCCGAUUCCCGGGCCGGAUGACAACAUAGCGAAGCAUGAAGAGCGACCACACUUCGUUCCAGGAGUCCCCUAGCCACCUCUUCGGUCCCGCGGCUCGAAGAAAGAUGUGGAUAUAUGCACGUUCUGGACCUCUUGUACAUAGGAAUAACGCGAUGUGUGAACGCAAAAUCUUGAAUUGUAAUGUAACCUACCAGAUGUAUUUAUUUUUCAAUAACCAAAUGUCAAUCCUACCUCUAAC